AUGCGAUCUAUCGAUAUACAUGCCCAUAUCAGUCCUGAGGGGUACAUCAGGGCUGUGGAGAAAGAGGAGGACUGGUACGGAGUGGGCGGCCUUUCCCACCGGUUUCACCGGGCUGUUCCCCGUACUAUGUGGACGCCUGAACAGCGGUUGACGGACAUGGACUCCCUGGGUGUAGAUGUGCACGUCCUUUCUACCAACGCAGUUUUCUACUGCUAUGAUGCGGAUGCCGCCAAGGUCGCUGCCAUGGACUGGGAGUGCAACGACUACGUUUCCCAGCUGACAAAGGACCAUCCCGACCGGUUUGCUGGCUUGGCCAAUCUGCCUAUGCAGGAUGUUGCCGCGGCGGCCACUGAACUUGAACGGGCCAUGACCCAAUUGGGGCUGAAGGGGGCAAUGAUUGACGAUCACGUCAAUGGCAUUACCUACGACGACCCGCAAUUUUUCCCUCUGUGGGAGGUUGCCGAGCAGACGGCGCCGUAA